AGUAUUCAUUAUUCCUAGCUGACAGAAAUUAUUGAUUUAGAAUUUAAAUCGAAGACUGUCUGCUGAUCAGCAUGGCUCAGAACAAUGUAUACCUUAUCCUGUUCUUAUGCCUGAUGUUCCUGUCAUACAGCCAAGGCCAGGUAGCUGAAGAAGACUUCCCCUUGGCUGAAAAAGACCUUCCUUCUGCCAAAAUCAACUGCCCAGAGGGUGCCAACGCCUAUGGUUCCUACUGUUAUUAUCUAAUUGAAGACCGUUUGACCUGGGGGGAGGCUGAUCUCUUUUGCCAGAACAUGAAUGCAGGUCACCUGGUGUCAAUACUCAGCCAGGCUGAGAGCAACUUUGUGGCCUCGCUGGUUAAGGAGAGUGGUACUACAGCUUCCAAUGUCUGGACUGGACUUCAUGACCCUAAAAGUAACCGUCGUUGGCACUGGAGCAGUGGCUCCCUAUUUCUCUUCAAGUCAUGGGCCACUGGAGCUCCAAGCACUGCCAACCGUGGUUAUUGUGUAUCGCUGACUUCAAACACAGCAUACAAAAAAUGGAAGGACGAAAACUGUGAGGCACAGUACUCCUUUGUCUGCAAGUUCAGAGCCUAAAGUCACCUGAAGAACAGAUGUGCAGAACUCUGUUACUAUAUAUUAUAAAUGAAAGAAGACCAUCUAUCUGCAAAAUAAAUACUCUUUCCUGUAAUAACUUA